AUGAUAGAAUCAUCAACUGUAAUAACAGAAAUAACAAACAUGAUAGAAUUAUCAACGGUGACAAAAGAAAUAACAACGCAACAACAAUUUACAACAACAACGCACAAUCCAACAACAGAAGCAUCAAUCGAGCCAAAAUGUGACAAAUGGAACCAACAUGGAAUUACUGUUGCUGGAGGAAAUGGGGACGGAGAUCAAUUAAAUCAACUCGCUCUUCCUUGUGGGAUGUAUAUCGAUGAUAACAAAAGCAUUUUGAUUGCUGAUACUGUAAAUCAUCGUAUUGUUGAAUGGAAAUAUAAUGCAAAGGAAGGACAAAUCAUUGCAGGUGGAAACGGACAAGGAAAUAGCCUAGAUCAACUUAGUGUACCAAUCGACAUAGCUGUUGACAAAGAGAAGAAUGUAAUAAUCGUAUGUGAUCGUGGAAACAGACGAGUUGUACGAUGGUUUCGUCAAAGUCAAACAAAUUCACAAAUUCUCAUUUCUGCUAUUGAAUGUGGCGGUGUAGCAAUAGACAAAGAUGGGUCUAUUUAUGUUUCUGAUGAAGAGAAAAAUGAAGUAAGACGAUGGAAAGAAGGAGACACAAACGGAACACUAGUUGCAGGUGGAAAUGGUGCCGGAUAUCGCUCAAAUCAACUCAAAAAUCCUAUGAAAAUCUUCGUCGAUGAAGAAUAUUCUGUUUAUGUAGCGGAUCAAGAAAAUCAUCGUAUAAUGAAAUGGAAAAAAGAUGCAAAAGAAGGAAUUCUGGUUGCUGGCGGAAAUGGAGCAGGACCUAAUCUCAACCAAUUAUAUAUGCCUCUUGCAGUGAUUGUUAAUAAUUUGGGUCAAAUCUAUAUUGCAGUCCCUUUUGGUCAUCAGAUUAUGCAAUGGCGUGAAGGAGACGCACAAGGUUCAAUUGUUGCUGGUGGAAAUGGUGAAGGAGAUGAACCAGAUCAAUUACUUUUUCCCAGAGGUGUGUCAUUUGAUAAUGAAGGCAAUCUUUACGUUGCUGAUUCUCAAAAUCAUCGAAUUCAAAAAUAUGAACGAUGUACUGAAUAA